GGAGAUGUACCUUCGUUAGACUGGAUCACUAGCAAAGGCAACACCCGUAACAUCGCCAUACAGGUUGACCUGUUCCGCUUCGUCUGUCCGACAGCCUCAUUCACAAAAAUGUCAUGCUAGAGUUAAGCAGAAGAACUUCACCCUGCGGAGCAUCGGUUUUUUUGCCGUCAGAAAUCAGCAAACAAAAACGUAACCAAUUUUCCAGAGUAGGUAGUCUUAUUAGAGGAUCCCAAACAAUUAGAAAGUAAGACCCUGAAUGUACUCUGUAAGCUGCUGUGACAAAAUAUGCAAAUAGAAACAUUAAAAUCUGAAACAAAACCUCUCAGUAAUUUGUUAAGCAAUGGUGAUGAUGACAUGCAAAGUGACUGCAGGCAGUUUAGAUGUUCAUCCCACGGAGAAGGCCCUUGUGGUCCACUAUGAGGUGGAAGCGUCUAUACUGGGAGAGAGUGGCGGUCAUAUGCUGGGCGAGCGCAAGGAGGGACAAAAAAUUAUCCGUGUGAAAAGUCUUUCUCCUAGCACAGAUGUGGGAGCUUUGGCAAAGAAAGUGGUGGAGGAGUGUAAGCUCAUCCCUUCCUCCCGUUUGCCCCAGGUGGAGCAGCUCCUUUACUACCUGCAGAACAGGAAAUCAUCCCCAGUAGAGGGCAAAGUGGAGAAGAAAGAGAAAAGAACUGUGAAACCCCGAGAGUUGACACCGUUUGAAGGAAUGGAGUUAAAUGAGGAAGCCAGCAUAACCAGAGUGGAUGAGUAUAUUGAGCUGCUCUAUGAAGGCAUCCCAGAGAAGAUCAGAGGCUCUGCUCUCAUUCUGCAGCUCGCCCGCAACCCUGACAACCUGGAGGAGCUGCUACACAACGAGGCAGCUCUAGGUGCUCUGGCCAGAGUAUUGAGGGAGGACUGGAAACAGAGUGUAGAGCUGGCUACCAUCAUCAUUUACAUCUUCUUCUGCUUCUCCAGUUUCUCCCAGUUUCAUGGAGUGGUGAGUCAUUAUAAAAUAGGUGCGUUGUGUAUGAGCGUGGUGGAACAUGAGCUGAAAAGACACGAUGUGUGGUGUGAGGAGCUACGCAAGAAAAAUAAAGCUUGUGAGUCAGCACCAGAGAAUGGCUCUCUAAGAAGAGACCAAGACAAAGCUCUGAGGAAAUACCAAGGCCUUCGGGCUAAACAGGAACAGCUAUUCAGAGUGUCUCUUUACCUCUUGUUGAACCUUGCUGAGGACACAAGAACCGAGCUGAAGAUGAGGAAUAAGAACAUUGUUGGUCUUUUGGUCAAAGUUCUUGAACGGGAUGAUGAGGAAUUGCUGGUCCUGGUGAUUUCAUUCCUCAAAAAACUGUCCAUCUUCUUGGAGAACAAGAAUGACAUGGCUGAGGUGGAUACUGUGGAACGAUUGGCUCGCCUGGUUCCCUGUGACCAUGAAGAUCUGUUAAACCUGACUCUGCGUCUGCUGCUCAACCUCUCCUUUGACUCUGGGCUCAGAGCCAAGAUGGUAGAAGUUGGACUGUUACCUAAACUGACUGGCUUGUUGGGUGAUGAGAACAACCGUCAGGUAGCCAUGCGAAUCCUGUAUCACAUCAGCAUCGACGACCGUUUCAAGGGCAUGUUUGUUUACACUGACUGCAUACCUCAGCUUAUGCAAAUGCUCUUUGAGUACAGUGAGGAGGAAAUUGAGGCUGAGCUCAUCUCCAUCUGCAUUAACCUGGCUGCAAACAAGAGGAAUGCACAACUUAUGUGUGAAGGAAAUGGGUUGAAGAUGCUCAUGAAGAGAGCUCUGAAGGUGAAAGACUGCCUGCUGAUGAAGAUGAUCAGAAACAUCUCACAACAUGACGGACCAACCAAACCACUGUUCAUAGACUACGUCGGUGACCUUGCAGCAGAGAUACGUGCAGAGGAAGAGGAGGAGUGGGUGCUGGAGUGUCUGGGGACACUGGCCAAUCUCACCAUCCCGGACCUGGACUGGGAGUUGGUGCUGAAAGAAUACAACCUCGUACCUUACCUCAAAGACAGACUCAAACCAGGCUCAGCAGAGGAUGACCUCAUCCUAGAGGUGGUGAUAAUGAUUGGAACAGUUUCCAUGGAUGAUGCCUGUGCUGCCAUGUUGGCUAAAUCUGGGAUUAUUCCUGCCCUUAUCGAGCUACUGAACGCCCAACAGGAGGACGAUGAGUUUGUGUGUCAGAUUGUCUACGUGUUCUACCAGAUGGUUUUUCACCAAGCCACACGAGACGUCAUCAUCAAAGACACCCAGGCUCCAGCCUACCUGAUAGAUUUGAUGCAUGACAAGAAUGCUGAGAUAAGAAAAGUGUGUGACAACACCCUCGAUAUUAUUGCUGAGUAUGAUGAGGAGUGGGGGAGGAAGAUUCAGUCAGAGAAGUUCCGUUUCCAUAACAACCAGUGGUUGGAGAUGGUCGAGAGUCGCCAAGCUGAUGAGUCUGAAACAUAUCUCUAUGAUAAUGACAAUGAUAGGACUGAUCUAUUCUAUAGUGCAGAUGGAAUAACUCCAGCAGACGGUUCAGUCAGCCCAGAUUUCUUCAGUGACCUGCAGGCUCAAAACGGAGACUCGCACGAUACAGGAGAUGACAAAGAUGUAUUCGACCAGACCACCUCCUCGCCUGGACGGCCAGCCACUGCCUAUGGCUUUCGACCUGACGAACAGCCGUUCUAUCAGUACUCAUAGACAUACACACAUGCCUCGUUUGUUAAACGCUUCAGGACAUCCUAUCAUCUCAGACUCAUUCCCCAUCCACAGUCUGCAUUUCCACUGUUACAUCUUUAGAUUGACCUUACACUGCUAGAAUCCCAUUGACAUGACUGAAUGUGAAGGCAUCGCAUUGGUAAGACAUUGGUCAUAAAUGCUGAAAUAUAUAAUACUGAUAGGGACGGAAACACAAAUACUGCAGAUUUAAAACUAGUUAUUAAAUAAACUGCAGUUCCACACAGUCAACCUUUCAUUACCCAUUUCAUUCAUUUACCAUUAUGUUCAACAAAUUAGUAGUUAAGUCUUCCUUACCCACUGGCCAGUCAUCUUAUGUUGAAGUCCUUGUGGGUCAGCAAAUAAUUCAAAGAAUGUACACAGACUUUACAUUUCUAAUAAUAUAAGCUGAUAAGAUUUUGCAUGUGUUUCGUAUGUCUUAAUGAAUAUUUGUUGCCUCCUCAAAUCCACUGAAAAAACAGGCAAAUGUUUUCUUACAUUCCAUUGUCAAAAGGUUUGAGAUCCACUGGUUUGACUCAUAUAACACUGUGUCAACAUGCUAACCUAUGAAAGGUUAAAUGUUACACACAGUCCUUUUUAUUAGCACGCACUAUAAUCUACAUAACUUUCUUUUUUUAUGUCACUGUAAAAUUGGCACAUUGUUGUUGGUGAUCCUUAUAACUUAGGGUGCUUUCACACUGGUGGGUUAGUCCAAACCUGGGUGCAGACCAAGACACUAUACCAGGGUGUAUUUAUGUGAGGAGGUCUGAGACUGAGUACUCCACCGUUUUAGAAUUGCACUCACUAUAACAUUGUCAAAUUACAAUAGACAAUGGAAAGAGUCUAAAUCGAUGCAGUAGUGCCCGGAGGUUUCAAGUGUUUUUUUUUUCCCUCAGUAUAUUACUGGGUGCAGAACUCAAUAUAUGGAAUAUUUCACGUUUUUGAGUAUCAGGUGUUGCUUACCUUUCAGGCCACAGGAGUGCAGGACACACUAACAUGAUAUGCUGGUAUUGAGAAAAAGUAGAACCAUAGGCUACAUUAUCCUCCCAAAAUAUUAAGCAGUAGGCUACAUAAAGCUGAUAACUAAUGAAAUCAAGAGGUGUUUUUACUUAAUAUACUGUGAUAGUAUUGCUAAUGCUACAUGUGUAUUGCUCGAAUAUUAAAUUAAGAAAACUCAACUAGCUCAUAUGUAUGUUGCAUUAUGAGAGUAGCAAAUAUAAAAAACUUGGAGAUGAUAAAGGAUUUAAAUUAAAAUGAAUAACAAUUACUAAAACUAACGGGCAGUAAAAGUUGUGUAACUUGCUGCAGCGAGACUCUCCAAAGACCACAGGCAAAAGAAAUCAGGAGUGAUAUCCACAAGCUAACAAGCACUGAGUCUACUGUCUGACUCUGGUCUGUACAAGAGCUGGUAUCAGCAGCACCUCAGUCUAUGUGGGUUUGCAGUAUUAAAGAAAAAGAAACCCGAACCUUGAACUUUAAGUACUGAAAGGUCUAAGCAGCGAGUGUAGCUACAGUAAGCCCUGCUUAAAGCAAGCUAAACUUUGGCACUUAGUACACAAGUGACUUUUUAAACACCAUUCAAGAAUUUAUCUGCUUCCACUUAUAUGGCUGGCAUUUAGUUUGGUAACAUAAAAGCUGAGUAGGCAGGAGAAGGUGAAAGCUUUUGUCAGUGUCAGAGCAUACAGCUAUUUCUCGGAGGCUGUAUGUAGGCCUACCAGCGUACCAGUACCAUUUCGAUUCGUAUCAAACUCAUAAAAAAAUCGGUUAUUCAUUUUUGGGCAGCACUGCUAUGCACCAGAAACCGAGAGAUAUGGUGGCAAUAAAAAAUAAGUGAACCCUUUGCAGUUAUCUCCAUUUAUGUAUAAAUUUCACAUGGGAGCUGGUGUGGAAAUUGCAAGAAUACCAUCAAUGAUCAACACAAAAAACUGUAGUAGCUGAGUAAAAAAAUAUGUAUUUUACAAUAUAGUGGAAUGUUCACCUGCACAAGCAGAGUCGUAGUGGAGAUUCCCCUGAACAAAAGUGAGACUCACUUCUUAUACCAUUCAAGAGAACAAACUGUACCGUCAGUUUAUCUGAUAGUAGCCCAUGACAGAUUUAGAGCCGAUAUCUAGAGGCACUCAGCCUCACAUAUAUCAGACCUAUGGAAGACCCCCUUAUUGGAAGGAACACCCUAACACAUACCACAGAAUACUUGAACAUACGGGAAUAUCAUAGCUAGCUAUAAUAUGAGACCAAUACAAUAUAUUACAAAAAUUAUAAGCCUGUAAUAGUUAAAUCACAUUCCUCAAUAUUCCAUAGAAUUAAUUCCUAGCAUGGAUAAAAAAAAUUAACUCAUAAUUACAUUACAUUACAUGGCAUACUAUACACUAUAAUACUCUUACAUCAGGUUCAUAUAUCAUAUGUUAAGAACAUUUAUGUAAAGUUGUUACAUAAGGAUGUUUUUAUUUAUGCAAAAUACUUUUACAGAACAAGAGUUAGAAGCCCCAAACUUUGAAUUAUAUCACCUCGUGAAUCAGCUGAAGUAUUUAACCAAAUGGCUCAGCCCCACCCAACCCAACUCUUUCUGGUUAGAACCAGGCAUUAUGCAAAGAUACGCACUUAUCAUACCUCAUUUGUAUCAGCCCGGCCAUCAAGCGACAUCACGGUUUUCAAAAUAUAACCAUAUCUGCAACUCUGUCAGCUUGGUGGAGAGCACUUAAAAUCACUAAAUCUACAGCAUCCCAGCACUCAUCAAUUUGGAACAACUUAGACUUUUCUUCAAAUAAACAAACCUCUAAAUUUCACCUCCUGGAAAGAUAAAAUAAUUUUACAUCUUCAACAUAUCAUUCAAGAUAACAUCUUAUUAAUGAAUGAAUGGAUUAAUUAAUUUUCAACAUCUACUUCAGAAGUUCGGUGUUGGAAAUACGCAGUUUCCGGACUACCCGCAAUUAAAAUCAGCCAUCCUAUCAAAAAUACUUAGACAUCCCAGCAGUGUAAAUUAUUCAGCGUUAAUAGAGAAAAUGUUGAAACACUCAGGUUUAACGAAACUCCUAUCCAAAAUGUACAUAGUGCACCUGUCCAUUAGUACCAAUGUUGACUUCUGGAUCCAAAUCUGCAAUAACAUCUUCAACCAAAACAAUAACACAAACUCACAACAGAGCAAACUAUACUGGGGAGAAUCAGACAGUUGCACACACUGCUCACAAAACACAACUAACAGGUACCUGCGGGUCACCUGGCACUGCUCACCAAUCAGGCACUUCUGGCUCCAAGUUACAGAUCGCCUACCCUUCAUACUGGACUGCCACAUCCCGUUAUCUGCAGAAUUCUGCAACUUAUCAGCAUUAUAGCUACACAACACUACUUCUAGUAUUCUCCUCACAGCUCUAACUGUCUUUUUAAACUGGAAAGUUGAAAAAAAAUAACCUGAUAACAUCACACACUGGAACAAUCUUCUAAUGGACCACACAGUAUAUCCUGUAUGGCCCUGAUGGAUUUGCUUUCAUAGAGAGAGGACACGGCUGUCUUCAUGGUUGAGGAAGGAGGUUUAGCUUGGCACCGGAAGUGUGGUAUGCAGCACGUGAUCUUUUUUGUGCUAUCUGUAAGUUUGAUCCUACAUCAUUAUGAAUAGUAGUAGUAGUAGUUGUAAUCGUAGUCGUAGUAGAAGAUUAGAGCAGCUGGCAUGGGAGGGGUCUGGGAGUGGUUAAGGAAAGGACCUAGCAAUGGUUCAGAUCUUCCUCCUAUCAGGGUUUUGGAGCAACCCAAAGCUGUAUAAUAUCAGUCAUAACAACCAAAAACCAAUCACAAUAAACAAUAUAAAAUGUUGGAAACAUGGCAGUAACAGCAUGAUUACAAAAAGCAACAAUAACAAUACCUCUGGCCCAGGAGACCUUACCUUGCUGAUCCGCACUGGAGCCCCCGUUGAUGCCACAAUCUUUAUUUAGUAAUUAUUUAUUUAUUGUUAUUGUUGAUAGUAAUACAAGGAGUAUUUGUAGUGGCAAAAGCAUUAGUAUAUAUGCAUUUAUGUUUUUUCCCCCACACUUAUCCGUAGCUCGCCCUCUCCCUUUUCUUUCCUCGUCCACCUUAUAUAUAUACUUCCUAUACUUACUUCCAGACCUACACUCUGCUAAAGCAGCUGUAUAAUGAAGAAUGGUCCAAAAUUCCCCCUUGUUAACUUAAACACGUUGUUUGUCUAUACUUACAUGAAGAUCAGAUUACAUUCUAUGACCAAUUAAUACAGAAAACCAUAUAAUUCUAAAGGGUUCACAUUCGUUUUUUCUAGCCACUGUAUCAUCCUUUGUAUUCCAUGCAUUCUUCUUCAUUGUCAAAAUCUGGUGCCUACAUAACCUACGAUGCAACUUGACCACCGACAGUUCUGUCCAAGAUUCGGGUUUGUUUUGGUAGCAGCAUCUAAUGUCAUCUGGAGGUUUGGUAUGCACACUUCUUUUUACCUCCAGAACCCCCCGAGUUUGUUAAUUUUCAGACUUGUAGUCGUUAGCCCCAACUAAUGCUGACUUAAUUGAUGUCACAUGAUAGCACUUAAGUCAGCCUGGUAUCAAUUUGUCAGACUUCACACAGCUCACUCUGAAGACACAUAAGCAGUAGUACUCCCCGACACCUGGAAACAGACUGUGAUGUGCUAAAUCGGUGGACUCCUUAUUCUCCAUUUUCCUAAUGUAUGUCAAAACAGGCACCAGCAUUUUUCCUGGAAAUAGUGGUCAGCAUAUUUCAAGGAAAUUUUGUGGUAUUUAAAUUUCAAAAUGUGGUAUUCAGUUUCUGAUAUAAUUCAAAUUAUUAUGGCAAGGAUUUGCUUCUAUAUCAGUGGCCCAGCUCCAGUUUUUCUCAUAACUAUUUAAAUAGGGAAAAGGCACUAGAUUGAUCUACAAUACCAAAACAAUACAAUGAUAAUAAUAAAUAAAUAUUAAUAAUACAAUACUACAAUAUUACAAUACCAGUAUUGUGCAAGUUUUGGCAUGUGCACUGUCUAGUAUGCACAUUUAACCAUCCUAUAUGUUGAAUUAUAUACACUAACAUUAAAAUAUUCAGUACAUAUUUGGACAUUUAAGUAAUUGGGAUACAGCAGUUUUCAGCAUGCACGGUGGAGAAGUCAGGUUAUCUUACAGAUGUUCUGACAUAAUGAAUGUCAUUUUCUACAUUUACUGUACAUAUUUCCCGAAAAGUAAAAUCAAAAAAAUGCACCAAGGACUUCAACUAGGUACUAUUAAAUUUAAAUACUACAACUAGCUUGGUUACAGAAACAAAUGAAAUUCCCAUGAACAUGACGCUGCCAUCCAACAGAGCAGCUCCAUGUCUGAAUGUAUAAAUGUGCAUGAGAGCAGUAUAAAUACACUUUUCGAACCACAAAAAGUAUUGUGCCAUGGACUACACUACAUGAAUCUUAAUGAAGAGGAGAGUCAUACAUACUGUAUGUGCUGGACAGUGACAGUUAGCUACAAACUGUUAUUACUUUUAGACAUAUUUGCACAUAUAAAUUGUAAUGCAUGUUCAUGUUUUUUUUUUUAUAAGUUAUUGUUAAUCUUCAGUAUGUAUAUUAUUGUGUUUUUUAUAAUAGUUGAUUUUUAUUGCUACUUAACAAGACACUGUAAGCAGAAGUGUGUACCGGACUAUAGAUACUCUCCAUCUCUCACUGUCUUUCAUCUUCAGGUCCUUUAAUAAAAACACAUUUCAUAUGACAUUUGACUGUUUU